AUGAAAGCUUUUAUUGUUAUCUGCGCUAUUAUAGCCAGCACUUCAGCCGGUAAUGAAAAGCGUGAGAAGCGAAGCUUUCUCGGCGGUCUUCACUCUAUUGAUAGUCUUUCCUACGGAGCACCGGCGAUCAGUUACACUGCACCUGUCGUCAGUCAUGUAGCACCUGCGAUCAGUUACACUGCACCUGUGGUCAGUCAUGUAGCACCUGCGAUCAGUUAUGCUGCACCUGUGGUCAGUCAUGUAGCACCUGCGAUCAGUUAUGCUGCACCUGUGGUCAGUCACGCAGCACCUGCGAUAAGUUACACUGCCCCUGUGAUCAAUCGCGCAGCAUCGGCGAUCAGUUACGCUGCACCUGCAAUCAGCUACGCAGCACCUAUAAUCAGUUACCCUGGACCUGCAAUCAGCUACGCCGCACCUGCUGCCAAAGUUGUAUCUGUCAAAACAGUAGUCAAGUCACAGCGAGAGGUCGACGUCAACAAGACAAGUUCGAAGCAAGAGGUGAAGGUGCGCAAAGUGGUGUCCGAGCCUCAAGUAGUGUCCGUCAACAAGGUAGUAGCCGCUCCCUCCCCCCUCAACUUCGACGCCUACAGCAGCGGACUCUCCGGAUACGGUUCGGGUUACGAAUACGGUUCUGUUUACGGUUCUGAUUACUCUAGCGUCUCGAAACACGACAAUAUGAAAGCCUUCAUCGUCGCCUGCGCUAUUGUGGCCUGCGCUUCAGCCGGUAAUGAGAAGCGGGAGAAGCGAGGCUUUCUCGGCGGUCUUCACUCUAUUGACAGUCUUUCCCACGGAGGCUCGUACGGUGGUAUUUAUGGCAGUGGCUAUGGUUAUGGUGGCUACUCGGGUUUCUCUGCACCCGCUAUAAUUGUGACAGUCAACAAAGUGGUCAACUCGCAGCGUGUCGUCGACGUUCCACAAGUGGUGAAGGUGCGCAAAGUGGUGUCCGAACCUCAAAUAGUGUCCGUCAACAAGGUAGUAGCCGCUCCCUCCCCCCUCAGCUACAACGCCUACAACAACGGACUCUCUGGAUUCGGGUCCGGUUACGGAUACGGUUCGAUCGUUAUUUGCGCUAUUGUGGCCUGCGCUUCAGCCGGUAAUGAGAAGCGGGAGAAGCGAGGCUUUCUCGGCGGUCUUCACUCUAUUGACAGUCUUUCCCACGGAGGCUCGUACGGUGGUAUUUAUGGCAGUGGCUAUGGUUAUGGUGGCUACUCGGGUUACUCUGCACCCGCUAUAAGCUACGCUGCACCCGCCAUCAAUUACGCAGCACCUGCGAUCAGUUACGCUGCACCUGUGAUCAGUCACGCAGCGCCUGCGAUCAGUUACGCUGCACCUGUGAUCAGUCACGCAGCACCUGCGAUCAGCUACGCUGCUCCUGUGAUCAGUCACGCAGCACCUGCAAUCGGCUACGCUGCACCUACGAUCAGCUACACUGCACCUGCAAUUAAUUAUGCAGCACCUGCAAUCAGCUACGCCGCACCUGCUGCCAAAGUUGUGACAGUCAACAAAGUGGUCAACUCGCAGCGUAUCGUCGACGUCCCACAAGUGGUGAAGGUGCGCAAAGUGGUGUCCGAGCCUCAAGUAGUGUCCGUCAACAAGGUAGUAGCCGCUCCCUCCCCCCUCAACUUCGACGCCUACAGCAGCGGACUCUCCGGAUACGGUUCCGGUUACGGAUACGGAUCUGUUUACGGUUCUGGUUUUACUAACGGCUUGUGGUGA